GUAUUCCCACAGGAUAUGAUAUAUCUAGGAAUAUCACUAACAAAAACUGAACAAAGGGUCUGAGGUGAACGUGUUAACGUACGUGUGACUGGUGGUUUUUGUCCACCGAUCGAGCUAUCUAGUGCAGUGCUAGUGGCAGAAGAAAGGGGUACUGGUCAGAGGAUCAGGAGGGUCUAGGAUCUAGGACAUGUGUGACUCUUGUGGGACAAGGAUUAACCUGCUGAGCAGAAAGACGUGCAACAACUGCCAGCUGCACUUUUGCAGUACAUGCGUUCAACUCAGUGUUCCUAAAGGCUCACACAUUUGCCAUAGAUGCAUCGUGUUCACAAGCCCAGUAAUGAAGCGGUCUCAACUAUUGACACUCAAACAUUCCAACCUCCAGUACUACAUGAAACAUAAUCACAUACAGGUUUCCUUAAACUCGACCACUGAAGACCUCAUUGAAGUCAUUCUGUCAAGACAAGCGAAAGCGCUCGUAGAGAAAGCAAACGACGCAAUUCGAGAACUCAAAAAUGUACCGCCCGGUACAGACAUGACCAAUAUUGAUAUGUCUUCAUUGAACUAUCACAGCACUGCUUACUCAAACCCUGGUGCUGGUGGGGGCCGACGUUCUGGUGGAAAUGAGAGAGGUAGUGAUAGAGUAGAUGGAGCAACUCCCACUGAAGAAGGACUACAUAUCAGAAAGAAAGUGAAGAAGACGGUGGACCUUGCGAGUGUGAGCACCAUCAAUGAGUUGGAUCAUGAGGAGGACAUUAGUCUGUUGUCUGUGAAGCAGCUCAAAAUCAUUCUACAGAGGAACUGUAUCGACUACAAAGGGUGUGUAGAGAAGGACGAGCUCCUCACGAAAGUCAAGACAUUGUGGAAAGCCAGAGAAGAGCAGAAAAAAAUGGAGGCCAAGAUUACAGAGGCUGGAGAUACUGAUGCCGAGAGUGAUUUCCUAUGUAAGGUGUGUAUGGACGCUCCCGUGGACUGUGUGCUAUUAGACUGUGGUCACAUGCUCACUUGUGUUCGCUGUGGCCGUCAGCUGGCAGAGUGUCCAGUGUGUAGGCAGUACGUUGUUAGAGUAGUCCAUGCAUUUAAAGUGUGAUUCUCUCAGGUACAAAACUGUCACUAGAUCGAUCUCUGUUGUGUUUUCAUUUUUAUUUUUGUAAGAUUUAAUUUAUUGAGUCUUAAUUCAUUCA